AUGUUCUCGACAUUUACGGGCAACUCGAGGCGCCCCCGAAACGUCAACCUGAGCGGCGCCACCGGGAAUCCCUUCACCAAUACUUCGUGGUCACCAUCAGCUGUCUCGAACACAACAAAGACCGUUUCAAACGCACAGGCCGAGCGUGAGAAACGACAAGCUGAUCGGGAAAAACUAAAGGCAGCCGGCAAGAUACAGAGAAUAUGGAGAGGCUACAAAACAAGAGCCGAGCUGAAGGAGUCUCAGAGGAGCGCCUUUGAUGCUCUGUAUAAAUCAGGGUCUGGUCAGAAUCCUCCUGAGAGGCUUCCUAAAGCAUUCGGACUGCUUCUAUCUUUCUUCAGCCUGCGACGAGAUGACGACAUACAGCGAGCUAUUUGUUAUGCACAUGAUACCGAGUCUGUGGACCUCGAAGCAGUUGCUCCUUCAAAUGCCUUGGACAGGUCUUUAUCAAUAGGAGAUCUUUCUGGCGAUACCCAUCUUCUUUUUAAACUCGUUCUUCGCAUCGUUACGAAGAACCCCGAUUUACUCGUUCCCGUAAUCAACAGUUACUAUACAGUAGUCGCAAAGCUAUGGACAUCACAAGUUUAUCGUGCAUAUGCCUUCUCUUUCUUGGCCAAGAAUAAUCUGUACUUCUUUGAAGAAAACAUCUCCAGCUUAUCCAACACGGUCAGAAUUUCUGAUCUUGCAAAGGCGAUAGCCACAGAGCUGUCCUCUCGAUCGAGCGAGAAAAACUCUGAGGAUGCUCAACUCUGGCAGCUCGCCCACUUCAUCGAUUUGAGUCGCUUUAACGCCAACAAUCGCAGCGGCUCGGGUGUUUUGGAAACGCUUUACGCUCAAUUAUCUGGCCUGUCUUCUACCAUCAGUGUCCGGUUGUUGGCAAAGUCAACAGAUAACGACGAGAAUAGCUCUGACGAACCUCUGGUGCCAUCACUAGACCCUUAUAUUACUGCUAGACUCAUGUCCCUAGUGGAUAGCAAUGGCAUUUCGCAAACGUUACACGAAUUCUCAACCAACCUGGCAGGAUCCUCUUCGCAAGAGUAUCAAAGUACGAGCCUUUUGGCUGGGUAUAUCUUGACCCUGCUCCGAUGCUUCCCUACAAACAGCGACGACAUACGCAUGCGCCUCUUCCUUGAGGAAAUUCCUACGAUCUCUGGUGAUAUCCCAACGAUAAAAUUUCUCUGGCACAUUAUGAGCGAAACGGCGGUCUUCGAGAAGUUGAGGACUGAGUCAGAGCCCCCGCUCAACGUCCUCCGCAGGUAUCUGGGUGUUACAUCAGAGAUUUCGAACUCCCUAGAAGAGGAACAGGACUGGCGAAUCGCCCUCUUGUUCCUUGAGCUGUACAUCUUCAUUCUUCGUUUGAGCGAUGACGAGGAUUUUUUCAGUGGUAUUGACCCACGGAUCAUGGAGCAAAACCAAUCAAUAUCGCGCAUUCGAUCUUGCAGCCUGUCUCUGGAGGACGUCAAAAUGCUGACGAGCUUUCUGAAGAAUACUGCAUUUGUUCUUCACUACAGAGCCCAAGACCUCUCCAAAACUGCUGAUAGCCUCGAGGCAGCCUCCAGAUAUCGUUUUGAUACCUACCUUGGUUCUGGACAACCUUCAGCAAUGAUACCAGAGGAACCUUCAUCCCCCACAAAGAGUCCGACAAGGCUUGAUAUCGACAGCCUACGAAACAUUAUCACAACAGCUAUGAAGAUGCUGUAUGAAAGAGAUUCGAGGAAGCAAUUCUUACCCACAGAUCAUUGGCUCAUGACCUCAAAACUCGACCAGUCAGACUUUGUCAGUGCUGUGAUUGCAGAGGAAAAGCGACAGAUCGAUGAAGACUCUGAUGCCAGCGAUGAAGGCAGUGAAAAUGAGGAUGGUCCAGGUCUUUACUCCACCAUUGUUGGCCAGCGACUGUCACGACAUGCGAGACUCGAGAAACUCAAGGCUCAGCAGAUUCGAAGUCAAAGAGAGCGCAAGUUAGCAGAGAUGAAGCCCAAGCUGGAGAUUCUAAAACACAUGCCGUUUGCAGUUCCUUUCGAAACCCGUGUUCAGAUCUUUCGUCACUUUAUCCAACUAGAUCGACUGCAACGAGGGGAAGGCAGCCAGGCAUUUUUCGCCGGUCCGUUUGCGAAGCAUCAUGCACAGAUUUCACGUAAGAGUCUCUUUGACGAUGCAUAUAAGCAAUUCUACGAGAUAGGAGACGAUCUGAAGGGCCCUAUCCAGAUCACAUUUGUUGAUCAGUUCGGCGCCGCCGAGGCCGGUAUCGAUGGAGGAGGUGUUACCAAAGAGUUCCUUAUCAGCGUAGCGACAGAAGCGUUCAGUGCUGAAGGUGGUAGAGGCAUGUUCACUUCGAACGAAAAGGGACUUCUGUACCCUGAUCCUACAGCUCUCGACGUUAUUCGGGAAGAAUUGCGCCAUGCCGGAAUGACAGAAGCCGACAGCACAUUCCGAGAUAUGAUAUCAGAUUUACUCAGGCGAUAUGAAUUUCUUGGCAGGAUCGUGGGCAAAUGCAUGUAUGAGGGCAUUCUCGUUGACCUGGCUUUUGCUGGCUUUUUCCUCCUCAAAUGGACAUCGACAGGGCCCAACGAUGAGAAUACUUACAAAGGUAGCGUGAAUGAUCUUCGAGACAUGGAUGAAGAUCUCUACAGAGGCAUGCUGCGACUCAAGAACUACCCUGGGGAUGUUUCUGAACUGGGAAUCGACUUCACCAUCGAGGACCAGGUUUCAGACCCUAAAGACCCAGUGAAGACCGUCACCAGAAAGCUUAUAGCCAAUGGCGAUCAGAUCCACGUUACGAACGACAACCGCCUCUUGUACAUUUCGUAUGUCGCUCGGCACCGUUUGGUUGUUCAGCCAGCACCACAGACCUCGGCCUUCUUGCGCGGUUUGAGGUCUAUUAUCCGCCCGUCGUGGCUGUCUAUGUUUAACCAGUCGGAGCUGCAGCGCCUUGUCGGCGGCGACUCAUCCGAGAUCGAUAUCGAAGAUCUCCGGAAACAUACCAUCUACGGCGGUUUAUACCAAAUUGGCGAUGACGGUGAAGAGCAUGAAACAAUCAAGUUGUUCUGGAAAGUCAUGCACAGCUUCACAGAUGAUCAACGCCGUGCCGUUGUCAAAUAUGUCAGCUCAACGCCCCGGGCCCCUUUGUUGGGCUUCUCACAACUGAAACCAUUGUUCAGUAUUCGGGAUGGGGGGACAGACGAGGAGAGACUGCCCAGUACUAGCACAUGUGUUAACCUACUCAAACUACCGAGAUAUACGUCAGAGGCGACGCUUCGCGAGAAGUUACUUUAUGCUAUACAGUCAGGGGCAGGUUUCGACCUAAGUUAA